AUGAGUGAAGAAGAGGUGAAAUAUUCGAGUUUUUCUGAGGUUCGUUUUAUUUCUUUAUUUUUUUUUAUUCUUUUAAAAUAAAUUGAACAAUUUAUUUUUCAGGAAGAUCUGAAAUAUGCGAAAACAAAAACUCGUGAAAUGUUUUAUUUUGGUUGGGAAAAUUAUAUGAGACACGCUUUUCCGGCUGAUGAAUUGGAUCCGAUAAAUUGUAAAGGAAGAGGCGCUGAUCAUCAGAAUCCGUGAGUUUUUUUGUCAAUAAUUAAAGGGAUUUGAAAGAAUUAAAAAAUAUCGCGGUAGAUUUCAGAUAUGUUCGUGAUUUUUCCAAAUUUGAUUUUUUCCGAAUUUUUCAAUCAAAUUUAUAUCCAAAUAAUUUUGAGAAACUUCUCCUGAACUUAGAAAUUUUCCAGAGACAAUAUAAAUAUCAACGAUGUUCUUGGUGAUUAUUCUCUAACCCUAAUCGAUACUCUCGAUUCUCUUGUUGUUUUUCAAGAUCCUUUCGAAUUCAAACGCGCUGUAAAUAAUGUUAUUCGUUAUGUCGAUUUUGAGAAAAACACAACUGUUCAAGUUUUCGAAUCAACAAUUCGAGUUAUCGGAAGUCUACUUUCAGCACAUUUAAUUGCAAUUGAUAAAUCUCGAAAAUUUGGAGAUUUUUAUAUAGAAGAAUAUGAUGGAGAAUUAUUAACAUUAGCGCAUGAUUUAGCAUCAAGAUUAUUGCCAGCAUUUGAUGGAACUGAAACCGGGCUACCGUAUACUCGAGUUAAUUUAUUAAAAGGGGUUUUACCUGGGACAACAAAUUCAACAUGUACAGCUGGAGCUGGUUCUUUGCUCCUUGAAUUUGGAUUGCUUUCAAGGCUUUUAGGCGAUGAAACAUUUGAAAAUCUUGCGAGACGAGUUAAUGAUAAAUUAUGGAAAUUACGAGAUUUCGCGACUGGAUUACACGGUAAUUUAAUAAAUAUACAAACUGGAGAAUGGUUGGGAAAUUUGGCAACACUUGGAGCUGGAGUUGAUUCAUUUUAUGAAUAUAUGUUGAAAUCUUAUAUAUUAUUCGGAGAUCGAAAAGAUUUGCAAAUGUUUAAUGAAAGUUUUGUGAAAAUUUUGAAUUAUAUGAGAAGAGGAAGAACGAAAUGUCAGGAUUCGGGAGAUCCGCCCAUCUUUGUGAAUGUUGAUUCGAGAGAUGGAAGUACGAGUAAUACGUGGAUUGAUUCGUUGCAGGUUAGCAAAAUUAUUUUCGAAUUUUGAAUUUUUUGUCAAACUUCAUCAAAAUCUCAAUUUUCAGGCAAGUUUCAGUGGUGUUCUUGUUCUUGCUGGCGAAAUCGAUGAAGCUGUUUGUCAUCAUGCUCUUUAUUAUUCAGUAUGGAAAAAAUACGGUGUUCUUCCGGAAAGAUUCAAUUGGCAAUUAAAAGCACCUGAUGUCAAUUUCUAUCCACUUCGACCUGAAUUCGCUGAAUCCACAUAUCUUUUGUAUACAGCCACUAAAAAUCCAUUUUAUUUGAAUGUUGGAUUAGAAAUAUUGGAAUCAAUUGAUAGUAUAACACGUGUCAAAUGUGGAUUCGCAACUGUUCACGAUGUUUUGGAUGGAAGUUUGGAAGAUCGAAUGGAAUCGUUUUUCUUGGCUGAAACUAUGAAAUAUUUGUAUUUAUUGUUUGAUUUGGAGAAUCCGAUUAAUAAACAUCAGGAGAAUAUAUUGUUUUCGACAGAAGGACAUAUAUUUCCAAUUAGGAAAGAUUUGAGAUUUUUUGAGGAUCGAGAAAAAAAUGAAGAAGGAGAGAGCGAGGAGGAAUUCGGAGAAUUUGUAGCAACAGUCACAGAUUUUGCAGGUAAAAUUUGUGAAUAUAUUGUCAUUCCGAAAAAAAAAGAACGUUGGAAGAGAACCGAAAUGGCCUAGAAAACCAAAACUACAGUAGACUUCGCGAAAUUUUGAAGUCUAUUUGAAAAAUAAAAUGCGAAAUUUACACGCUGGCUAUUUGCCAACCAGUUUAAUGUGCAUGUGUCACGUCAUUUUUAGUCUACUGUACGUGAGCGCCAAUUCAAACGGAGGUUCUUUUAUUUUCGGACUGACAAUAAUUUAGGGCCCAUUUUCUUAAUUAUGAAAAAUUCAAAAAAUUAAAAUUGGGUAUAAUCCUAAUUAAAAACUAAUUGUAAGCUUAAUUAUUCGAAAAAUUCCACGUCAUAAUUCAAUUAUGGUUUCAAAAAACAUUGUUGAUUUUUUCCUGUCGUAUUUUUUCAGCUUUUUUUGAAUCUCUGGAGAAAAGGUGAAUAGUUCUAAUUAAAAAAUUGUUAUCACUUUUUCGAAUUGAAAAAUUGUUUUUAUAAUUCAUUUUUGCAGGCCGCAACAAAAGCUGUGAAACAGCUGAAAAUUUCAGUGGCGGUGUUCCUCCACUUCGCCAUCAUCAAAUCAAACAAUUAUUCGAUAUUGUCGGAGUCGAUUCUCAUAAUUGGGAAUAG